AGCAUUUAGCAAAAUCAAAAACAUGCCAAACGAUUCUUCAAAGACUUAUUGUUUGUUACGGUUUCCAUUAGUGCUUCUUCUUCUCUUCCUCGUCUUUUCUUCUUUCCCUAAUACUGGAUCUCCACCUCAACAUUUUUUUUCAAUUGCUCUAUCUCCUCCUUUUCAUCACACAAAUGCUUUACAAUCUUCAUCUCCUUCUUCUUCGUUAUACUCUCCUCCUAUUCCCAUAACGAAAAGGAGCAACCUUGAGAAAAGAGAAGAAGAGUUGAGGAAAGCAAGGACUGCAAUCAGAAGAGCCGUCAAGUUUAAGAAUUACACGUCCAACGAAGACGUUACUUACAUUCCCACUGGCCAGAUCUACAGAAACUCAUUUGCCUUUUAUCAGAGUCACACAGAAAUGAUGAAAAGAUUUAAAGUAUGGUCGUAUAAAGAAGGAGAGCAGCCACUGGUUCAUGAUGGACCGGUGAAUGAUAUCUACGGUAUUGAGGGACAGUUCAUCGACGAGCUAGGAAAUGUAAUGGGCGGACGGUUUAGUGCUGGCCAGCCUGAAGAAGCUCAUGCCUUCUUCUUGCCCUUCUCCGUUGCCAACAUUGUCCACUAUGUCUACAAACCCAUCACCUCAUCAGCCGAUUUCAACCGGGACCGUCUUCACCGGAUCUUUAAUGACUACGUAGACGUCGUGGCUCGCAAGUAUCCUUUUUGGAACCAAAGCAAUGGCGCUGACCAUUUUAUGGUCUCUUGCCAUGAUUGGGCUCCUGAAGUGUCGGACAGUAAACCAGAGUUUUUUAAGGAUUUCAUAAGAGGGCUAUGCAAUGCCAACACAUCGGAAGGUUUCAGACCAAACAUCGAUUUCUCUAUACCAGAGAUUAACAUUCCUAAAGGGAAGCUAAAACCACCGUUCAUGGGCCAACCCCCUGAAAAUAGGACGAUCUUGGCGUUCUUCGCAGGAAGAGCUCAUGGAUAUAUAAGGGAAGUCUUGUUCAAUCACUGGAAGGGUAAUGAUAGAGACAUUCAAGUGUACGAUGGCCUCACAAAAGGACAAAACUAUCAUGAAUUGAUUGGUCAUAGCAAGUUUUGUCUUUGUCCUAGUGGCUACGAAGUUGCUAGCCCAAGAGAGGUCGAAGCCAUAUACUCAGGUUGCGUCCCUGUUGUGAUAUCCAAUAACUACUCGCUUCCAUUCAGUGAUGUGCUUGAUUGGAGCAAGUUUUCGGUUGAAAUCCCGAUCGACAAAAUAUCUGAAAUCAAGAGGAUUUUACAAAAGAUCCCACAUGAUAAGUAUCUACGGAUGUACAAAAAUGUUAUGAAGGUUAAAAGGCAUUUUGUGGUGAACCGUCCUGCUCAACCGUUUGAUGUUAUCCACAUGAUACUUCACUCUGUUUGGUUAAGGAGGCUUAACAUUCAGUUGCCCUCGUGA